AUGGCGACAAACUUUGACAUGAACGAUUUAACUGUAGAACAACUUAUGGCCCUCAGUGAGAUCAUUGGUGAUAGCGAUAGUAGUGACAUUGAUGAUAAAGUUGAGGAAAUAUUUGCGGAUAAGUUUUAUCGAGUUGCACCUAAGGAUAAGGGCAAAGAUCCCUUUGAAGGAGAAAGACAAUUCAUAGAUGAAGCUGACCGUUCUAUGGAUCCUAAGAAGCCACGACGACUUCCACUUAACUAUAAAGGUAGAAGAGGAAUUAUGCCGACAUGGAAGUAUUCUGAGAGACAAAAGGCUAAGGCCUUACUUGUUGAAGAGGCAUACCAGAGUCUACUAAGUAGGGGAGUUGAAGGUUUACCACCAACAAUGGGAGGUAGAUGGCGAACCGACGAUCCACAGGUGAAUGCUGAAAUUAAGAGGCUUGAAAAUGAGAGGAACCCCAAGCGUCCUAGAGGAAGGCCACCAAAGCCUAAGUCCAAUACUGAAGUUAAGGUUCCCAGAGGUAGACCAGUAAAGUCUAAGGUUGAUGCUGAAGUUGUGAUUCCAAAAAAGCGUGGAAGACCACCAAAGCCUAAGUCUGAUGCUGAAGUUAAGGCCCCUAAAAGGAGAGGUAGGCCACCAAAGUCUAAGGUAGUUGAAACACUAAAGCCUAAGGUUAAAAGACAAACUGUUGCUGAAAGAUUCAUAAGUCAAAAUAGGAUUAAACUUUCAGUUCCUGCAAAUAGUGUUAUAACUCCAACAGGUCCUGGUAAGUUUACAAUUCACGUGGAUCUUAACAAGAAACCUACAAGGAAAGCUCCUGAAGUACCUAAGGGUGUAGCUCCCUGGAAACCAACACCCAAACCUAGGGAAAGACCAAUUCCUAAACCUAGAACUGUAUUUCCUAGGGAAAGGCCUAUUCCUAAACCUAGAACCAUACCCCCUAAGGAAAGACCAGUUCCUAAGCCUAGAACCAGGAAACCAGUGGCUCCUCCAAAGUUACGAAAGCCUGUAAAAGUGUCGAAGGAAGUUAAUGAACAGCCUGUAGUGGUUACACCGAAGGAACACGAAAUAGAUCCAUUUGGAACAUAUCUCGAAAAGCCAUCUCAUAGGAAAAUUGAAACAGCUGCAAAUGGAGCUGCUGUGACUUUUUCAAUUACUCCACAUUUUAUGGAUCCCCUAGACCAGAUGACAGCAAGUAGGCAGGUAGUGAGAGGAAUUCUAGUUAACGAGCUGAAGAGAAUGGGAGGGUUGAAAUAUACCGAGACAAUUAAGGUGAGAAUGUCAAAGGAGAUCGGUAACGAUAAGACAAAGAAGGAUUCAAUAUACUUUAAGUCUAAAACUGGAACCGCGACUAACUUCGAGGACAUCGAAAGUACAGCUGCUCAAAAUCAACUGACCAUCCUAGCUAGAAUUGAAACCUUUCAGAACUUAGGUUCAAAUUGGAUUAUUCUGAAUAUUGAAAGCCAUUAUGUCAACAUUGCGAUGUACAAACCUCUAAAGGGUAGUUCAUAUAUGAAAUUACCUGCAGACAUCAUUAAUCCAAAAUGUGGUCUCAUCAACAUGAAAAACAAUGACAACAAAUGUUUUAUGUGGAGUCAUGUGAGACAUGUAAGACCCAAAGCUAGAAGAGCAACCACCAUUACACGACAGGAUAUGGAGUUCGCAGAAAACCUAGAUUAUGAAGGAAUAGACUUCCCCGUGAAGAUAAGUGAUAUUGACAAAAUCGAGAGGAAAAACAGUAUGAGCAUAUCAGUGUUUGGUUAUAAGGGUAAGAAGCAGUUCUAUCCUAUAAGAAACUCCAAGACAAAAUAUGACGAGCAUAUGGAGUUGCUGCUUUUAGGUGAUGGUAAUGGAAACAACCACUAUGUCCUAAUAAAAGACAUUAAUAGAAUGCUGUAUAGUGUCAGUGGAUACGAACAUAAGAAGCACUUUUGCCUACACUGUCUUCAUAGUUGUAAGAGUGAAGAGCUACUAGAAAAACAUAGGGAGACAUGUAUCGAGGUAAAUGGAACUCAGGCCACAAAGCUUCCCAAGGAGGGUACAAAAAUAAAGUUCAAAAACCACAGAAACUCAAUGCCCGCACCAUUCGUGAUAUACGCUGACUUUGAGUCUAUACUGGUCGGCACUGGCGCCGACUGCGUAGCGAAGCAAGUACUGGUUCCAGAAGAGAAAAAAGUUGAUUCUAAAAACUCUGAGGACAAAAGUAGUACAGACCUUUACCAGACACAUAAGGCUUGUAGUUUUGGGUUAAAAACAGUCUGCCAUUAUGAUGAUAACUACUCUGGUGAAUACGUAAGCUACGUUGGUGAAGACGCCACAUUAGUCUUCCUAAAGACUGUACUGAAGGAGUCUAUUAAGUGCAGAGAAAUGGUUAAUAAGAUAUUCAAGAAAAAGAUGGUAAUUACACCUGAACAGGAAGCUGAGUUCUGGAUGACUAGAAACUGCUCAAUAUGUGGUAAUGAUCUUGGAGAUGAUAGAGUGAGAGACCACGAUCAUGUAACAGGAAUGUUUCGUGGAGCUGCCCAUAAUAUGUGCAACUUAAAAUAUAGAAUCACAUGGAAAGUUCCUGUGGUCUUCCACAAUCUAAGAGGUUACGAUAGCCAUCUAAUUAUGCAAGAGAUUGGUAAAUUUAAGAUGAACAUUAACGUAGUUCCAAAUAAUAUGGAAAAAUAUAUUUCAUUCUCACUGGGUAAAAAUCUUGUCUUCAUAGACUCUAUACAGUUUAUGGCUUCUUCAUUGGAAGCACUCGUGAGUAACCUUUCACCUGAGGACUUUAAGAUAGUAGGUAAGAGGUGGAAGGGUGAGGACUUCAAUCUUGUAACACAAAAGGGUAUAUUUCCAUAUGAAUUCUUAGAUGACAUUAGUAAACUUAAUGUUGAGGGUCUUCCAAGUAAAGAUAAAUUCUACUCAACACUGUACGAGUCAGAGGUGAAGGAAGAAGAUUACCAAAGAGCUCAGAAAGUAUGGGAUCACUUUGGAAUGAAAACUAUGAGAGACUACCACGAUCUCUACCUAGAAACUGACGUUCUUCUACUGGCGGAUGUUUUUGAGAACUUUAGAAGAACCUGCUUGGAAAACUACAAGCUUGACCCUGCACAUUACAUAUCAGCACCUAGUCUAAGUUGGGAUGCAUUCCUGAAACAGUCAGGUGAAGAAAUAGAACUCAUAAGCGAUAUGGAUAUGUACCAGUUCUUUGAGAAGGGAAUGAGAGGUGGGAUAAGUCACAUUGCUCACAGACAAGCUACAGCUAAUAAUAAGUAUAUGGAAACGUAUAACGAAGAGCUUGAAAACAAGUACCUUAUGUACCUCGACGCCAACAAUUUAUAUGGCUGGGCAAUGUCACAACCACUACCUAAUGGAGAGUUUGAGUGGGUUGAGGAAAUUGACAAUAUAAACAUUGAUGACUACCUUGGGGACAACGAAAGGGGUAUGGUUCUAGAGGUUGACAUGGAAUAUCCACAAGAACUUCACAAUCUUCAUAACGGUUAUCCGCUAGCUCCAGAGAGUAAAGAGAUCAGUGCUUCAAUGUUGUCAGAUUACGCUAAGAGUAUUGCUGAGAAAUUCCAACUAACAAUUGGAGGAGUAAGAAAACUGGUGAACUCUCUUGGACCAAGGAAGAACUACGUCUUACAUGUACGUAAUCUUAAACUAUACACAGACCUUGGAAUGAAACUCACAAAGGUUCAUAGAGCGGUCUCGUUCAAACAGUCCCCUUGGCUUAAGAACUAUAUUGACUUCAAUACAAAGAAACGGUCAGUAGCACGUAAUGUGUUUGAAAAGAACUUCUUCAAAUUAAUGAACAACUCAAUCUAUGGAAAGACAAUGGAAAAUCUUAGGAAAAGAGUCGAUGUAAAAUUAGUGUCAUCGGAAGACGACCUCCUAAAACUUACGGCAUCACCGUGCUUCCAGUCACAUAGAAUUAUGAAUGAGAACUUAAUAGUUGUAAAACGGAUGAAGGAAGUUCUGACUCUUAAUAAACCGUGCUACGUUGGAAUGAGCAUCUUAGACUUAUCAAAGACUCUAAUGUAUGAUUUCCACUACAACACAAUUAAGAAGGAGUACGGUGACAGGUCAAAGCUACUGUUCACAGAUACUGACAGCUUGAUGUAUGAAAUAAAGACUGAUGACGUCUACGAGGACUUUGGGAGGAUCGGUAAGGAGAAAGACUGCUGGAAUAACUCAGAUUAUCCAAAAGAUUCUCCGUACUACUCAGCUCAUAAUAAGAAGGUUAUCGGUAAGUUCAAGGAUGAAGCUGAGGGUGUACCCGUAAUCGAGUUUGUUGGGUUAAGGUCAAAGAUGUACUCAUAUGUGAAGGAGAGUGGUGGAGGUGGAAUGACCGCGAAAGGAGUGAAAAA